CCGAAUGAAAUUGCAGAAUAUUGCUUCCAAAUACACCAAGCAAUAACUCCUGGCAUCACCAAUUUCAUGUUCCCACGAAGUGUAUGGGUUUCUGAUCUGAGGUGCCAUUCUAAAAUGUGUUGCUUGAUGGUUGUAGCAGUGGUCUACUCAAGCCCUGAAGAAGGAGCCAUUAAACCCAUCAGGUCCAGGAGCACUGUUGGGGUUCAAACUCCAUACAGCUUCUUUGAUUUCCUCUUCAUUUGGUACCUUGUUGAUAUUGAUAUUGUCCUGGUGGCUGAUAGAUCUUCUGGCUUUGACAUAGGAGUGAAAGAAUUUGGAACAACAGUCCCCCUCUUCCAUCCAUUUCAGAUUCCGAUUCGGCUACCCCAUCGUCCAAUUCUCGCCAAGUCGGUCAAUCGGCCUCUGACCGUAACCCUGGCCACACUAUUGGACGAAAACAUCAUGGCGUUGUGCCAUUGUCAAAUUAUUGACCGGGGGUUUGCCGAUGCCACUGACAUGGUUGGACCCUCCAUCGAGGUCAUGAGACCUACCAGUACUCAAACUGCUCUAGACGCACCGUCGGGGUUCUUCACGGUCCAUCUAGCGUCUUUGAAGAAGGGGUUGCGCUUCCCACUCCACUCGUUGUUGAUCGAAUUCCUCAACGUGGUGGACCUUCUCCCAUGCCAACUGGUCCCCAACUCUCACCGGUACAUCGCCAGUUACCUGGUCCGGUGCAAAGAUGUAGGGGUGAAGCCGACCUUGGACCAUUUCAUAUUCACCUUCAAACUGACCAAGGGCCAUAAAGAUUGGGCGUCUUAUGCCAGUCUUUCCGAGAGGUCCAGUAAACUCUUUGCUAGUUAUAAGAAGGGGUCAACCAAAGACUGGAAGCCUUUCUUUGUCUUCGUUUCGACGGGGCCCGAAUCUCUUUUCACGGGUUCAGGGCGCCCUUCCUUCCGCCGCAUCCCACGCCCCCCACCUGAUGCCACCCUUUUGUCUAUCACUCACCAAUUCUGCAAUAAGGGAGUUAUGAACAUCAAAGAGGUGGUGACAGAGGAAACCCUUGCCGGGUUGGGGUUUGAGUUUGUUCAGGAUGAGCUUCGCCACCAACCCGACCUACUGAGGGACAUCCCCGGGGGGCAUCAGCCUGACCAGCUCAAGGACAUUCCUGAGGAAGGUCUUGACUGUGGUCCUUUUGUGGAAUUACAAGAUUCAGGAAAGGAGAUGGACAGCGAUCUCCUGCUCAGUCGCUUCACUGCAGGGAGGAAGAGGAAGAGAGAGACGAAGGGCCAGGGCAAACGUUCUUCAUCCCACCACGAGGAGAGUCCUUCUCGAGAGCCGGCUGUAAUUGUGGUGGAGGACCAAGAAGAUGCUACCCAGGAACCGGGUACCAUGGCUGGCCAAUCCCCUCCACACCCCGUGAUGCAGGGUGGCGACCUCGUUGGGUCGUCUCAGGGCAUUGCCUUGGAGCGACCUCCCUCACCACCCGCAGUGACCUACGAGGUGGCGACCGGGGGUCGCUCGACGAGGCUCUGCAUCCCUCCCCUGCCCCAAAGCCUAGGGGACGUACAGCUAGAGACUCUGAUCACUCUGCCUGCAGAAGACCAGGCUCGUAUCUCAGCAGGCUCCAAAGACGACCUUGACAACAUGGUCCUUUUGAGGCUCAGUCAGGAGAACCGCUGCGUCGCCCUUGAGGCAGACAAGGCCUUCUUAUUCUCGGAGGUAGAAUCUGUUUCUGCUCGAGUGGUCAAGCUGGAAGGGGAGAAAUCUGAUCUGAUCCAGCAGUUGGAGGUGGAGAGGAGCGAUCGGGCCCACCAUGCAGAGGAAGCGGUAGAAUCCUUCAAGUCCUCUCCUGACUUCACGGUGGUCGCGAUGGAGCGGAUGGAAGAGCUAACGGCCGCUUGGCUCAAAACUGAACCUGGGGCUCAAUGGAUGGUCAAGGAGGGGACCAGGUCCUUCAAUUGCGGACUCUUCCACGCCCAACAGGUCUUCCGCGACAGGCUGGCCCAGCUCCCCAAAGGAUUCUCUCUCCCCGACCUUGGCUUCCCUCCUCCCUGUCGCUCCUUGGCCGAGUUCGACCCCAGUCCCUAUUUGGACGGGGGGAGCUCGAGUGCGUCGGAAGAAGAGGAAGAAGAAGAACUGGAAGGUGGUCAGAGCGACCAGAAUCCAGGGGCCAGCUUAGCCAUGUCCAAAGCGGGUGGACCUUCCGACUCGGCCGUCUAAAUCCCCCAUUGUUCCCCCAUAGCUUUACAAACACUUGCCUCUCUCUUUUCCUUCGGAAUGAUUUGUCGUUUUGAUACAAUGCUCCUAUGUUGUUUGAUUUUCUAGAUUCACCAUGUGCUUUCUCUUUUUGGCGCUUUACUUCAGCACUCUCUUUUUUUAUUUAGCUGGUUAACAUGUAUGUUUUAGUUUGGGCCCAACUCCUAGUCCCGGCCCGUUUACCUGUCCGGGCCCAAUCUCUGGAUUGGCCAUCGUGCCGCCCAAUUGAUCCAAUGCCCUUCACCGUUUCUGAUUGGACCU